AAAUAGUAUUCGUUCCAUCGGGAUCAAGAAGCUAUAGAGGCAUGAACAUUUUUACUUUGAAAAGCUUCGCGUAAGCUGUGUGAUGACCUGCACUUUCCGUUCUGUGAAUGCCGUAAAAUUCAGUGCUACCCCAAAUGGUGUCCAUAAAGUAAUCAACAAAAGGGAAACGUAGGAGAUCGUAUGUGUUGUGUUGUGUACCACCGGAAAAGUGUGAAUGCGCCUCUUUGCCCUGUGUGUAUGUUUUUCUCCCUGAAGGCAUGAUGUGUGGUGUGUAUUUUGUAAAACGGCAGAGGUAGACAGCACCACGUACUGAAGAACAGAAUGAUGUGCGCUUAAGUGGGUCGCCAUUUUCUUGUACUUUUCCAACUGUGUAUAAGAGUAACCGACAAAAAUAAACAGCCACACAAAACCAUGGAUGAUGAUCAGCAGUUCUGUCUUCGAUGGAACAAUCACCAGAGCACACUCAUCUCAGUGUUCGAUACUCUUCUGGAGAAUGGAACACUCGUGGAUUGCACUUUGGCUGCUGAAGGAAAAUUCCUGAAAGCACAUAAAGUUGUUCUCUCGGCAUGUAGUCCGUAUUUCGCGGCACUACUCUCACAACAAUAUGAUAAACACCCCAUCUUCAUACUCAAAGAUGUGAAAUUUCAAGAACUUCGCGCCAUGAUGGAUUACAUGUACCGUGGCGAGGUGAACAUUUCACAGGAUCAGCUGGCUGCUUUGCUGAAAGCUGCUGAAUCCCUGCAGAUAAAAGGCCUAUCCGAUAAUCGAGGAUCGACCGCCUCCGCUCCAUCGCAGCAAAAACAAAGUGAAGCCUCGGCUACAAAAACGCUACCGCCACCCGUACCUGCAAACAAGGCUUCAGGUUUGACCAUAGAAAACAAAAGGCCUUUGAAACCGGAAUUGUUAGAUUCUGACGUUUCUGGUUCCCGAGAAGGCUCUACUAGUCCCACCACAUCACGGAAGCGUAAAAAAAUUCGACGAAGAAGUGUUGAUACGAGUAAUCUAAUAGAUAAUCACGACCAGCACUCAAAUUCCUCAUCACAUUCAGCGCAGCCACAAGCGCUAGCACUGACGUCGUCGUCGAUAGCGGCUGGUGUCGCUGCAACUACCAACGCUGCUACCUCCCUACCAACAUCAGCUACUACUCCCCCGACCGUAAUGACCACUUCCGUUGCUGCCAUCAAAAAGACUGAUCCCGUGCAACAGCAACAGGUAGCCGAAGCUCUAAAACUGCAGCUGGUGAAACAUCAAAAUCAGCAACAGCAGCAACAAACCCAACAGCAAACCACGGAUGAUGAAGAGCGAAGCGGUGCCGAACAGGGUGACGAUCAAGACGAUCGAGAUUCCGAUAACGAUCUGGAUGAACCGCAACCCAAACGCCAGGCACCGGGAGGAACGGGAUCUACCGAAAGUCAAGAUAAACCAAUAAACCAAUCAGAGCUGAUGAUUGAACCGAAAAAUGAAUACGACGACGGACAUGAUGAAAAUGUGGAGGAUUUAACGCUGGACGAGGAAGAACUGUUGGAUGACUUGGAUCAAGCCGGUCCUAGUCAUGGAGGUGAAGGAUCUAGUCAAGGCUAUGCACAAUGGCAAAUGGAACGGGAACAAAGCGAAGCUUUUAUGGCUGCACAAGACGCAGUGGGUGGACAACGAGACGCACAAGAUAAACGUCCGCUUGCCACCAAAGUGACACUUAUUCCUACAAACUCCGGUGUUGCAAAGAAAAUCAAAACCAUAUCGGUUACUUCAGCGCCAAUUUCCACAACAGCAUUGCCGUCUGUUUCCGUUGGUACAACCCAGAUGACCCAAAUCACUCAAUCGACGCCAAUUAUUCUGAAUGAUCUAAAUGAUUGCCUGCUAGAGAGCAAGAAUAUUGUGGUAUCAAAGAAGGAUAACAAAUAUAUUCUGUUCACCACAGCUGCGUUGCCACCACAGCAACCUCCACCACUUCAGCUGACAUCGCAAUCUAUACAAACGACCCAGUUACAUGGCGCCACCGUUAAUCCAGUGCAAACUGCAACCGUCAUAGACACCGGACGCAUCGAGGAGCUGUUAAAAAAGGACAAAAUUAUCAAGAAAACCGAAUUACAAGGCGAUGGCACAACCACUACGACCUACAUAUUCGAUGAGUGCGACAUCCUACCAUUGAAAGCAACACCGAAAGUAUCAUCUAUUGAAAACGUAAGUCUGACGCAACAGCAUUCAAGACCCACGCCGGUUUCAAUACUGAAAGUCGGUGCCAAUGAUGUGAUAACAACGGCCGGUACAGCGGUGAUUCCGGUAGGAGCAACGCUUGUCUCCAACGUUGGCAGCAGCACUCUCAAUAGCGUCAGUACAAUAAGCAACCAACAUCAAGUCAUAUCUUCUAAGAAAAUAUUGAAACCAACCCAUCCGCGUAUCAAAUAUUCUAAGCAUAAAAAUCCUUCCGUUCAGACGGUUACAGCUUUACCAAUUCUGACCAUACCGACAGUCACCACCAGCCAGCAAAUAGGCGUCCCAUCUCAGCAGGAAACCAGCGCCGGAACAACAACUAAGAUCGAAUUGCUGAAUUUCUCGUUAUCGCGAAAAUUUGCCGGACAAGGUCCGAAAACCAUUGACGUAAGCAAUAUUCAGCAAAUACCGAUAUCAUGCAUUUCAAAACCAGUUACAACAACUCGAUAUACGGUGAAUGAGUACGAAACUUCCACAUCGAAUACGUCCCAGAGCAAUGAUUUUACGGCUGGCAUGAUCGAUGAUUUGGACUACUCGGUGAUCGAUGACAUCGAGCUCCCGGAAGAUGUACAAGUAAGCUUUGGCGAUACUUACGGAUCGAAACCUACCCAUGCUGAAAUCGAAGAGUCGUCGGGUGUUGAGUGUCAUGAGCAGGCUGUUAAAGCAUCCGCAACCAAAAAGAUGCUAAAACCAGAAGCUAAAAUUCUCAACACUACCAUGGACGACAAAUAUGCACUUCUGGCAAAUACCAGCAUCAUGAAAAAUUUUGAAUACACGGUGAAUGAAUCGGUUGUCAGCGAUAAUGACGAGAACGAGAUGCGUCAGUACGUUUGUCGUCAUUGUGGUAAACGAUAUCGUUGGAAAUCGACACUCCGCCGUCACGAGAAUGUUGAGUGUGGUGGGAAGGAAGCCAUGCAUCAGUGCCCUUACUGCACCUACAAGGCCAAACAGCGGGGCAAUUUGGGUGUCCAUAUUCGGAAGCACCAUUCUGAUAUGCCACAGCUUGAGAGCCGGCGUAAAUCGAAAAACCGCGAAUCAUUACAUAUGCUGGAUAGCAUCAAACCUGAAUCCAUGGACAGUCAGGGAUAAGAACAAUUUGCGUGGCAAGAGAAUUAGAUUACGCGCAGUCUUCGCUAUACUUAUAAAUAAUGAUUUUGUGUGAACAGUUAUUUAUAUUUUUUUUUCUACUCUGUAACAGAGUUCUACUUUCUAUCAGCGAUGCUAUCAAAAAAUCUGGUAUUACAAAUUUAAAAAUCACGAUUUCGCUUCACAUUGUUGUUCAGUUUCGUGUAAUUCCAUCAAAGAGAACAACGAACAACUAGUAGCAAAGUAUGUGUUUUAUUAUUAAUUGUACUCAAAUUUGAAGCAACAGUCCCUAACAUAGGAUUAAAUCAGCUAUAAGUAAGUGAUUACUAAUUGAAGCCAAAACGUUUUUUUUAUCAUUGCAGCACAUAGAUUCGUUUCGAUGAUUUUAGUGACUGGAUUGAUCAAAGCAACAUAAUUGAUUAACGUGUUUACGAUAACUAAAAUAUGUUUUCUUUGCUAAAAACAGCAAAAUGCACAGUGCAUACAUACUAGGCAUUGCUCCAAAACUGAAUAAUUUUAAGAGUCAAGUAAUGAAUGCAUUUCUUUUGUUUUUAUUCUUGAAUGCGGACACAUUUCACAAUCUGAUGCAUAAAACUGUUUAAAAUGGAUAUAUCUGUGCAGAUAUAAGAUGUGCAGCUUUCAUGUAUCUGUUUUACAUGACUACCCCGUUUGAUACAUCAGUUGAAUUAGGAAAUUUCACUCAAACAUCAAAAACAUUGUAAAUGCUGAUAUAUAUUAAAAUAGUCAUCAUGAAAAUGUUUAUGAAAAACAACAUGUUAGUAUUGAUUUAUUUGAUUUGCUCAUAAAUCAAUGACAAUUCAAAAAAACAAAUUGUCUUUAAAGAACUGCAAUUUACUUGAUUCAUAAAAGAAUAAGAUUUGUCAAAUUGAAAAAAAAAAAAAUGAAGAAACAGGCAAGCUUAGAAAUCACAUAACCAGAAACCCUAAAUUCAAAAAUACGUUUGUGAUCUACAUGUAUUGGUAAAUGGAAAUGAUCGAUCAAUGCCUGUAUAUUAAAAUUGAGAAAGUUUGAGACAGAUUAUCAUUAAUAUUGAGUAGAUUGUCUAAUUGAUUAUGUAAACAAACAGUUUGAAUCAACAUAUAUACCAGUUAAAAUGUACAGUUGAUUAAGAUCUAAUCCGUUUUCAAGUAUCUGCGAACAAAAAGUUUAUAAAGAAAACCAGAUGAUAAACAAUAAAUUUGACUAUAUAUAUUUAUCCAAGCUAAGAAAAUAAAUGAAUGGAAAUUUCAAACAAAAUUUGCAAUUUUA